AACCAAGUGCUUCCAGCACACAAGUAAUGGUAAUGCCAUAUUGCUUUGUGUACCCUGCUGGAUUAUAGCAGCAUCAAAGCAAAGCUUUUUGCCUGGAAUAAAAGGUGCUCGUCUAAAAGAUGUCUUCUGAAAAACAGCGAAUCGGCUUACAAGAAAAAAAUAAUUCAGAGGAAAGCAACAUUCUUGAAAAUUUGCAGCUCUCAUCUCAAGAAGUAUUAGAAAGUGCUCAGAAGAAAGGGAGAGCAAAGUGUCCAAAAUGCCACUGCUCUAGAAUGUUUUAUUGUUACACUUGUUAUACUCCAGUAGGAACCGUCUCUGCAGAUGCCAUUCCGCAAGUGAAGCUUCCUUUCAAAAUUGACAUUAUUAAGCACCCUAAUGAAACAGAUGGAAAGAGCACAGCGGCGCAUGCAAAGCUUCUAGCACAAGGGGAUGUCACUGUUUAUACUUACCCCUGUAUUCCAGAAUAUGAAGGUCACAUGCAUGAAGUUGUGCUUGUUUUUCCUGGUCCCAGUUCUGUGGCUCUCGAAGACAGUCUCUUGUCUUUAAGUCAGUUGUUUAGCCAGAACCAAGAUGUGACUUAUAAACCAUCUUCUAAACGUCUGAAGGGUAACUCUGAGACAGAUGAAAAUGAAAUGAAGAUACAUUGUAUAAAGAGAGUCAUAUUUAUUGAUAGUACGUGGAACCAAACAAACAAAAUUGUAACUGAUGAAAGACUUCAAGGGCUAGUGAAAGUCGAGUUGACUGACAGGAAAACUUGCUUUUGGCGCCAUCAGAAAGGUUCACCAGACACCUACCUGUCUACAAUUGAAGCUAUUUAUUACUUUGCAAUAGACUAUCACACGCAAAUCUUAAAGGAGGACUAUAAUGGAGAAUAUGAUAACCUACUCUUUUUUUACUCUUUCAUGCAUAGAUUAAUCAAAAAUGCAAAGCACUCUGCUGGGAAAUUGUGAUCUCAAUGUAUUAAAUUUGUUGACUGAAAAAAAUAGGGAAAUUGAAUGCAGAAAAAAUUAACAUGGUUGUCAAUUUAUGGUUUGGCAACAUUAUACAAUUUUCUUUCCAGGCAGUUUUCAAGCAACUUUGCUGGUUUACAGAAUCAACAUUCAAACAUUUAAUAAGCACAUUUAUCUUGUAUUGUAAGGCUAUCAAAAUAAUUCCUGUACAUUUGUAGUGAAAAUAAAACUAUUUCAUUUUGUAUUUUA